CGGAAAACAAGGAAAAUGGGGGCAUAAAGUUUGGAGAGUGGUCUUUGGAAUUCUGUUCCGCAGAAUCCGAGUCCACUAGCUCUCCUCCCCAGGGCUUUCAACUUCCCCCAAACCCCAUCGCCUCGCCGCCGAGGCCGAGCGAGCAGAGCACCACGUCGGGCGGCGUUUCCCUGUCUCUCCGCCGGAUACUACUACGCCCGCCGCCGCAGCGCCGAUCCUGUGCCAGUUCAAGCGGAGCGAGGGAUCGGAUUGGUUGCUUCCUUUCCUCCAUCUCAUGUUGGUGGACUGAGAGAUGGAGUUUUAAUUUCAAAUAGCAUCUUGAGGACUGCCACUAAGCUUUUAAGUUAGAUACAUAAUGGGUGGCUGUUGUUGCUGUUCGUCGAGAACAUCUGAAGCAGUUAGAGCACCAGUUGAUAUCUAUCGUCAACAAAAUCUUGAGGAGCAUGAGCCGUUGUCUUCAGCUUUUGAUGGAUCAUCUCCAGCCUCUGCAAUUGUUGCAGUAGACACAAAUUUGGAUACUUCCACACCUGACACAUAUCGAGCACCACCUGCACCCUUGCCUUAUGAUGUUGUUUUGGCAGUCCCAGAUAACCCUGGUUUGGAGAAGCCAGACACUAAGAGCAAAACUGAUGACCAUCAAGAGUCCAUAAAUGAUGAGCAGUCCUUAAAGGUGGAUGAGUCAUGUAAGAAAGGUGUUACUGAAGAUAAGGCUGAUGAGGAGGAUGUUUGUCCUAUCUGCCUUGAAGAAUAUGAUGAAGAAAAUCCUCGCUCUGUAACUAAAUGCGAGCAUCAUUUCCAUCUUUGCUGCAUUCUUGAAUGGAUGGAGCGAAAAGAUACUUGCCCAGUUUGUGACCAGAUAACUUUGGUGGAUGAGAUGUUUGAAUAGGCUUGGUAACCCUGGUGGAUCAUCUCUUGGAGCUGUUUUUUGCUGAGGAAGUGCAGGCAGCAACUACUUUACUCUUGAUAUUGGUCCAUUCUGGGUGGCUCUCAUGGUAAUGAAUUGAGGGGGCAAAAAUUGGAAAGAUGAAUGACAUGAAAUGUAUUUAUGCCACGUCCUUGGUUGUGCGCUCUGUGUUAUGCUUUCGCUGUUCAUAGCAACAGGUGGAUUAGGAAACUGCUUGGUUGAAUAUAUAUAUGUCGGCUUGCUGGUUCAUUCUGUUCGAAGUCCAACACUCUACCCUUUUGCUUUUAUGAAUCCAUAGUUUCAGACAUCUGCUGGUUCUUCCAUGAUCAAGUCAGCUGUGUAUAUAUCAUACAUUUGGUGCGUGAUAGGUCAAAAUGGUCUAGAUGGAGAUGGGGGUUGCUUUGUACAAUCCAUGCUAUUCAAGCUUUCUGUAUAUAAUCUUUCUGUUUUCUUCGUUUUGUCUAGUCAGACAAGUUUCAGGGAUAUAAUUUUCAGUUCUAAAUUUUUUCA